UGUCGCCGGCCGGCUGCCGGCGCUGCCUCCGGAGCCUCGCCGCGUCAUUGCCCAUGACGAAAGGGGGCCGCGCCUACUCGCUGACAUGCUACACGAGGUUCGAGGUGGUGCCGUUCUACAUGCCCCCAAACACGACGAGGAUUCUCGUGGUGCCGCCGGAGACGACGUCGCCGUCGUCGUCCCCUGCCGCAGAUUCUUCUUCCACAUCAGCUGCCAAGCGUAGCAAAUUGCGCAGAAUCGUGGCAUUAUCAGUUUCAAUUGUUGCAGCCCUUGUUUUGGUCAUGGCCUGCGUCAUUAUUUCUAUAAAGAUUCGAAGAAGUGGAAGAAUCCCAUUCCAAUCAAUGGUAGGAAAGCAGUACAACAAACCUGUGGACAAAAUCGAAGAAUUAUUGGGAAACUACGGUUCAAUGGCCCCCAAGAGAUACAAAUUCUCAUAUCUGAAGAAAAUAACCAAAACUUUUGCUGAGAAGCUAGGAGAAGGCGGCUAUGGCAUGGUAUACAAGGGCACCCUAUCUGAUGGCCACCCUGUUGCUGUCAAGUUCCUUCAUGACAUGAUUGGGAACGGUGAAGAGUUUGUAAACGAGGUCAUCAGCAUCAGGAGGACCUCCCAUGUGAAUGUUGUCACUCUGCUCGGUUUCUGUUUGGAGGGACCAAAGAGAGCUCUCGUAUAUGAUUACAUGCCUAAUGGGUCACUGGACAGGUUCAUCUACGCCGAUAACUCGAAAGAAACCCUUGGCUGGGACAAACUAUAUGAGAUUGCAGCAGGCAUCGCGAGAGGUUUGGAGUAUCUUCACCGUGGAUGCAACACCAGGAUCAUACAUUUCGAUGUCAAGCCCCAAAACAUCCUCCUAGAUCAGGAAUUCGUCCCGAAGAUCGCUGAUUUCGGGCUGGCGAAGUUGUGCAAUCCCAAGGAGAGCUAUCUAUUGUCGAUGACUGGCUUGCGGGGAACGGUCGGGUUCAUUGCUCCAGAAGUAUUCUCAAGGCGAUUCGGGACCGUUUCGACAAAAUCAGAUGUAUACAGCUUCGGCAUGGUGCUCCUGGAGAUGGUCGGAGGAAGGAGGAACUUGAGAGCAAGCGUGGAGAGGGAAAGUCAGGUGUAUUUCCCGGACUGGGUUCACGACCAUCUCGCACGAUUUGGGAGUUUGCACUCGCUUGACUUGGGAUCAGGUGAGACUGAAGAGACUGCAAAGAAGAUGGCCUCUAUUGGGUUGUGGUGCAUACAGAUAUGGCCAGCAUCUCGCCCAACGAUGAGCAAGGUUAUAGAAAUGUUUGACAAAAGUGCUGAUCAGGUCGAAAUACCGCCAAAGCAAUUCCUCUAUUCACAUAUAUCGGAAGACUCAGGUGAACAACAGAACGAGACAAGUUCCUAUGAAGAACGGAACUAGCUAGCAAGUUCCUAUGUAAGAUUUUUCGUGGUAAAAAGAGGAAGAAAUAAAUCGAACGAUGUCAGAAACAAUGCCCGUGGCAUCAAUCAAUUAUGUCCUCUUGUAAUAUACAUAUUGUUGAGCAGUGAAACUAAGCUUA